AGAAUACCUCAGAUACGGUAAUCUUCAUUUCAGAAUGGCCAACAUAUCUCCAACCAAGAGUAUAGUCUACAAAACGGUAGAUAAGCUGCAAAUAUCUCUAGACAUCUACCUCCCUUCCAACGGAGCACAAAAAGUCCCCAUAUGCCUCUGGUACCAUGGCGGCGGUCUUCUACAAGGCCAUCGUAAUCAAGCCCCUCCCUGGCUCCGCAAAGCAGUAAACACCCACUCCAUCGCAUUCAUCUCCGCAGACUAUCGCUUCGCCCCUCAAAUCGGCAUCACCGAAGCUCUCCAAGACGUCGCCGACAGCAUCCACUUCUGUCGUGAAUCCCUCACCUCCCACUUAUUACCCGAAGAAAAGAACGCCAUCGAUCCCUCCCGUCUCGCAGUCUCUGGCAGUUCCGCAGGCGGAUAUCUCGCCCUCUUGGCAGGUCUAUACAUAAAUCCCAAACCACAAGUCAUUCUCCCCAUCUACCCCAUCACCGAUCCCCUGGGGACAUUUUUCACGAAUCCGCAACCUCCUGCCAUGGGAAGACCGUUGGGUUCGAAAGAAGAAAUUCGCGAAUUUCUCGAUCCACACGCGGAUGUUGUGGCGAAUAAUGAGGCGGAUUCGAAGCGGAUGGCCAUGUAUCUUUGGAUGCAACAUGAUGCGAAUUUGGCAAAGUUGUGGAAAAUUGAUGACUCUGACCCCGCCCGAGCGAAGAAGUGGAGGUUGCCGAGAAAUGUGUUUGAAUGUCGACUUCCUCCGGCGUAUAUCAUGCACGGCGAUGCAGAUACUGGGGUGGGUGUGGAGCAGGCGGAUGAGAUGGUGGGUGCCAUGGUGGGAUGUGGGUUGGAAGUGGUGUAUGAACGACCUCAUGGGAAAGAGCACUUUUUCGAUGCGGGAGAAGUUUAUGAAAAUGAUAGAUUUUGGGCAUUUGCCUUGAAACAUUUGAAGUAAACCAGCGCAAAGAAAAAUAUGGCCAUUCUGAUGUACCAGGAAUGCUUUUCUAAUCACUGUAUCUGUAGGCAUCGUGGCUGUCUGUGGUGCCGUAUGCUAGCCCGUCAACUCAAUUUCCCACUCGAAUCAGCAGAUCCAUGCGAGGGAAUCUACUUCUUACUCCCCAGCACACUCUGCACAGCUUCAAUGACCUUCGCGUGCACAUCCUUGGGUGCAGCCACGACGCCCUUGUUCUGUAGCAAAGUCCUUCCAUGGCUAAAGUCCAAUCGAUUACCUUCCACAUCCGUAACUUCACCUCCAGCUUCCCUCACAAUCAAAUCACCAGCAGCGUGGUCCCAGAUCUUCUCGACAUAAUCCUUCCGGACUGGUAGCCUGAGAUACAAAUCUCCCGCUCCCCUCGCAAUACUCCCGUACUUGGCCUGACUAUCCAUUCUCACACUGGGCUUGGUAAUGCCCAAUUUGUUGGCAAUCUGCACCGAAUCGCUCUGAUUGCUAUGGCCCGCCUCGACACUCUCACAAAACGUCGCAUCAGCAAUAUUCGAAAUCGGCUUCAUCUGAAUCUUCGAAGCGUGCGCCAAUCCCGCCUUUCCCAAAGCUCUACUCUCCGCUCCUCGACCCUGCACAGCCGAGAACAGCACGCCAAAUUUUCCUUCCUCGUCACUCGCAUCUGCACCAAUGUUCUCUUUCAGCGGUUCGGAGUCCGAAACGGGAAGAUUGGGACAACCGAGGACACCGACUUUGACGUCUCCGUCGACCAUCAGACCCAAACACACUGCAUAUUGCCCUCCUCGAAGAAAGCCUUUGGUGCCGUCGAUGGGAUCGAUCGCCCAGAUGCGACCGGAGUUACCGCCUUUGCUGUCUCCUUUGUCGAUGAUGUCGAGCAUUGCUUCUGCAGAUUUGAUCGGUCCGCCGAGUGACGCUUCCGAGGUCGGAUCGGAAAGAGAGGUGUUGGAGACGAGGUCCCAGACUGUUUUGCGAAUUGUUUCAUUCUCUCGCAGGUCUUUCGCCUCUUCUUCGGCGACAAUCUCGUCGUUGGGAAAAUUGUGUUGCAGGGCACUGAUGAUCAGGGCUUGUGCGCCAAAGUCUCCAAUGGUGACAGGCGAGGCAUCGGAUUUGUUGAGAGUGCCUUUGGCAUUCUGGUGAAAGACGGCUUUGGUGAGAAUGGAAGCUCGUUGCACGGCGAGAAGGGCAAUGUUGAGUUCGUGGGAGUAUUCGGCCGAAGUCGACAUGUUGAAACUGUGCUGCUUUUGGCGGGUGGGGAGGGGUAGUAUGUGGGAUGAAAGCAGGCGGAGACGAGGGAAGACAGACGGGAGGAAGCUGGUCGCCAG